CUGUGUCUUUUUGCUUAUUUCUUUUAUGUCUGAAAUUAUUAUGCAAAUAUUCUGUAACAUGCUGGCAAUGCACACAUGAGAGGAGUUCUCUUUUUGUUUCUCGCUGUUAUUAACAAGCUUUGAACUUUAAGAACAACAGAUUCGAUUUGCAGCAGCUGAUUGCAAUCUACAGACAGAAUGAUGAUUCCUGAACGGAUUCCUCUCUUUUUGUUUGUUCUCUUGAUAGGUUCCUCCACCCAAUCAAGUACAGAUGUAAUAACUAUACAUAAUACAAAAGCAACAAAAGCAGAGGGAUCAUGUGUAACUAUCACCUGUGAUUACAAAAAAAAAGAGAACGUACCUCUGACACUACUCUGGUUUAAAGAUUCAUAUUAUGACAAGGAGAAUUCAAUGUUUAAGGGGACUAUUGUAUACAGUAACACAAAAGAACGUCCACAAUCACAAGAUUACUCCAGCAGAGUGGAAUUCAUUAAUGAUGCAAGUGAACUAUCGGACCAAAGAAUAAAAUGUAAUUUAAGAAUCAAUGAUCUACAGAAGACAGACAGUGGGAACUACAGCUUUAGAUUCAUUAGUCAGUCUGAAAAUAAGUACAUGAGCAAAGCGAAUAUGACUCUCACAAUUGAAGACAAUCCUUGUAAGGUACACAUCGAACCAUUAGAGUCAAAGAGUCCAGUCAAAGAAUCAGAUGAAUUUACUGUCCGUUGUUCCACAUCUGGUUCCUGUCCAUCUAAUCCAGAAUGGCUCAUUCACACAACAGGACAAGAACCAGAAUGGGUGAACAUCUUACUAGCUGAUAGGAUGACCAUAGGUGCUGAACCGGGAAAAGAAGGCAAAAAAGUCACCAGUCUGAAAAUCAAAGUGACAUGGGCAGAUGACAACAGGAUUCUGUCUUGUCGUCCAGCAGGAAGUCAGGACAGCUGCCUGAUCAGAAAUGUAACUCUGUCUGUAGAAUAUGCACCUAAAGAUACAUAUGUAACGGUAAGCUCUGAUAAUGUCAAGGAAGAAGAUUCUAUCACUAUCUCUUGCAACAGCAGAGGUCAUCCUAAUGUCACCAUCGAAUGGUUCAAAAAUGAGAAACUGAUCAGUUCAGAGUCUGAGUUGAGAAUUGAGGACGUCAAGCCAGAUGACAGUGGAGACUACAAUUGUCAAGCUAAAAACAAGCAUGGAGACAAUAAAUCAAAUGUCACUUCAAUCAGAGUGAAGUAUGGUCCAAAAGGUGUUACAGUGUUACCUUCUGUCAAUGAUCUCAAAGAGGGAGAAAAACUGACACUGACAUGCUCAGUGAACGACAGUAACCCACCAGCCAAUGAGUUUAUUUGGUACUUUAAAAAUUCCAAGGUACAGCUGCAAACCACACAGACAUUAACCAUCAGCCCAGUUACGCCAAACGACAUGGGGAGCUACCAUUGUGAAGCAAAUAAUGGAAUAAAAACAGCAGUGUCUGAUAAAUGCUGGGUAGCUGUUAAGUAUUCACCACGAAACAUUAAAAUAGAGGGCACAACCUCUGUAAAAGUGGGUUCCAGUCUCACUUUGAAUUGCUCAGCUGAUGCCAACCCAAAUCCAACCUUGUACACCUGGAAGCACACACCUGGACCGACCUCUUCUCUCCUAUCCUCAAAGACAAAUGGAGAUGGACAUUUAUACAUUAAGGCAGUGACCAUUCAACAUGCAGGACAGUACACAUGUGAUGUUUCCAAUUCUCUUGGCACAAAGUUUUCCUCCACAAAUGUUGAUGUACUUUAUCCUCCUUUUGAACUCAACUUUACCAUGAUGAGGGAAGUGAGAGAAUAUGAAAUGAUCUCCAUUAUAUGCACAGUUCAAAGCUUUCCUGUGUCAGAGCUUACAGUGACAGGACCAUCUAAUUUCAGAAACAUGCAUGACAAUGGAUGGAACAUAACUAAAUCGACAAACAUGUUAACUGUCUACUUUAAUGUUUCUGAGUCGGAUGCAGGCUGGUACACAUGUACAGCACAAAAUUUGGUGGGAUCAAAUAAAACAGGAAAUGAGUUGAAAGUGUUGUAUGGACCUAAGAAUGUGAAUAUAAGCUAUAAAGGGGAACAGAAGAUGGGAAAUGAGUUCACACUUACAUGUAAUGCUCGCUCCAAACCUGAAGUGACCUCAUAUGAGUGGAAGAAGCAUGUCAGUAAAGAGUCAGUCGGAGGUGAACAGAAACUACACUUUCAUUCAUUGAAAAUCUCAGACUCUGGUCAGUACAUCUGCAUUGCUCGUAAUUCCAUUGGAAAAGCAAAAUCCCACCCAGUAAACAUAAGAGUGAUGCAUGCUCCAACCAUAAAUAUACUCCACAACAUGACAACCUUAACUCAAGGGAAUUGGGAUCAUCCAGUGUAUCUGACAUGCAGUGCAGAUGCAUACCCUCCUCCCACAGACUACAAGUGGAACAGACAAGAGGACAAGAAAACUACAUUACUGUCAAACCAGCAGAACUUCACUGCUCAGGAACCAGGAAUGUACUACUGCAUUGCAGCCAAUGAGAUUGGAGCUUCCCAGUCCAAAUAUAUCAUGCUAUAUGACAGCCCCAACUUUCUCAGGAUCCUCUAUCAGAUUAUCUUGCCUAUCAUUCUCCUGUUUAUUGUAAUUGCUGUGGCCGCCUUUCUAAUACGAAGGAUCAUCAUCAAGGCAAGAGCAGAUCAACUAAGUGGAGCAGAUAAUCCAUUGCAUUUUUUCCCAAUAAUGCUGUCACGGUCUUCCACAGUGACAAACUUGCUUUUAUUGGGAUCUCGAAAUAAUACCCGGGAGAAUCUGUCUAUGGCAGGCAUUCCUGAUCCAUGUCAUGGAAGAGCUAAUCACUCGGAUGCAACGCUCCAUUCCCAAGAUCUUAUAAGAUUACAUGACCUGAGUCCAAGGUUGUCAACUAAUACCCACACUGUGUAUGCUGUCAUUAACCUGCCACAAACGAAACAGGAAGGGCAUUCCCCAAAACAAAAACAAAAAAGUGGACAUAUAGACAAUGGCUUGGGCACAUCCUCCUUAAACUAUGCCACUCUGGAGUUUGCAGAAAAAAAUGAGGCAGCAAAAAGAACACCUGAAUGUACUGAUGAUUCUGUAGUCUAUGCCAUGGUAUCAAAAAAUAAACAGUCAAAGAAUUCCCAAUCCGAGCAACCUGAUUAUGAGAAUGUUUCUUCUAAGGGUGCUCCAAAACUUCCAUUCUCAAAUAUAGACUGGGAUUCUGAUACCAGUGAAGAAGACGAAGUGAAUUAUGCCACUGUGUCGUGUUCUGAGAAGAGUCCUUUUGACAGUUCAAGCUCUGAUGAAGAGGACAGAACUAUAUAUUCCACCAUAAAACAUAACUGAAGCUAGCAGCAAUUGUGUGUAUUAAAUUCUUAAUCUGAUUUUUACCUGAGCAUUAUGGACAAUAAUAAGUAAUGAAAUUAUAUGAUAUGAUAAUUAUGAUCAUGUGAAUACUUUGCCAUACAGUACAUCUGAAAGAUGUGGCAGUUAUAUAAGUCAUAUGUUGUCAUUAAGCUUGUUCACUAAAGUGCCCUCUCUCUCUCUCUCUCUCUCUCUCUCUCUCUCUCUUAUGUUUUUUUUAUGAAAUGUGCCAUUGCAGUAAAGUAAUAUCGGAAUGUUUUGAAUUAUGAUGUAGAGAUACUAUUUCUUUGUGUUUAUCACUCAGGUCAGGUGCCUGAGCAAUGGUGUGAGCAUGGAAAACUACUUUAAGAGUUUCUUAUGCUACUCUAAAUUGUGUCACUAACGUUUAAAAAAAACAAAACAUCAAUGUACUUUUCUGGUGUAAAAGAGCUGAGAAAGAGAAUCCUGUUUAUGUGUUGUGAUGCAAGUGUUAACGUGUGAAUUUAAAACUGCAUGAUCAUGAAAUACUUGAAAUAAAUGUAUAUUUUUUAUUUUUAUUUUUUCAUUUGUAAUAGACAUAUAUAAAUCACUUUGGUGUAAAAAGAGAAAGAAAUCUGUUGAAGC